AUGCCGGAGUUUAUCUCUGUCGACGGGUUUAUCGCCGAGACCUUGGAGGACUAUAGCUCUCCUACAACCUCGUCCUUCACCACCAAAAUGUCAAGUUGUAGAAACGCAGUAGACAACAUCGAGGAGGCUUUGGACUGUGACAGAACAGUCUUGCAGAAAAUGAAGAAAGCUGCGAAAGCCAAGUAUGCUUCAGGUCAAGACCAUAUCUCCCAUCUGGAGCUGUACAUCAGUUCCAUGGAGAAACUGGUUGUGAAUUUCCGCUCCAAUGGAGAGAAGGAAGUGGCCUCUGCCUUCACUAAGUUUGCUGAAUUUUCCAAAGAGCUGUUGACGCCAAUAAAGAACUUGUUAAAGAGCAUGCUGCACAACAUCAACUUCUUCCUGGACUCUCUAGUAAAAGGAGACCUGAAAGAGGUCAAAGGGGAUUUGAAAAAGCCGUUUGACAAAGCAUGGCGGGACUACGAAAAUAAAUUCACCAAGAUCGAAAAGGAGAAGCGGGAGCUGGCCAAGCAGUACGGCAUGGUGCGCACAGAGGUGAGCGGGGGAGAGAUCGCAGAGGAGCUGGAGAAGGAGCGCAGGAUGUUCCAGCUACAGAUGUGUGAGUACCUCAUCAAAGUGAACGAAAUCAAGACUAAGAAAGGUGUCGACCUGCUUCAGAAUCUCAUCAAGCACUAUCACUCCCAGUGCAAUUUCUUUCAGGAGUGCCUGGUGGCCACAGAGAAGCUCAAGCAGUAUAUUGACGAGCUCACAGGAGCGCUGGGCACUAUCAAACACAGACAGGACGAGGAGAAGAGACAACUCUGCUCUCUGAGAGACCAGCUCCGGCCCUCACUGCAGCCUGAGCUCAAAGAGGACUCCUUGAGCAAGCAGACAUUCUACAGCAUGCACCAGCUGCAAGGCAACAAACAUUAUGGCACAGAGAAAGCGGGAUACCUCUACAAGAGAAGUGACGGGUUGAGAAAGAUGUGGCAGAAGAGGAAUUGCACGGUGCAGAACUGCUACCUAACUAUUGCACAUGGAACUCCCAACAAACCACCAACCAAACUCAACCUGCUCACCUGCCAAGUCAAGCCCAGUCUGGAGGACAAGAAGUGCUUUGACCUCAUUUCUCAUAAUCGCACAUAUCACUUUCUUGCUGAUGACGAGCCAGUGUGUGUUGCGUGGAUAUCAGUGCUGACCAACAGUAAGCAGAAAGCCCUUAACGUGGCUCUGGAUGAGCGGAAGUCCAGUGGAGACAACAGUGUCGAGGACCUGACCAGAGCCAUUACCGAGGAUAUCCGCCGCAUGCCCGGCAACAACAUGUGCUGUGACUGUGGGGCGCCAGACCCAACCUGGAUCUCCACAAACCUGGGCAUUCUGACAUGUAUCGAGUGCUCUGGGAUACACAGAGAGAUGGGCGUGCACUACUCCCGGAUCAAGUCCCUUUCCCUGGACAAGCUGGGUACCUCAGAGCUAAUGCUGGCAAAGAACAUGGGCAAUUCAGGCUUCAAUGAGAUAGUGGAAGCCAAUGUCCUGAGUCCCUCACUGAAACCCACGGCAGAAAGUGACAUGAUGGUGCGUAAGGACUUCAUCCUGUGUAAGUACAUGGAGUGUCAGUUUGCCCAACACAGCAGCAGCUCCUUUUCCACUUUGAGAAGGAAUUUACAGGAGGCGGUGUGCAGCCGAGACAUCUUCAGCCUGCUCCAGCUCUAUGCCGUGAGACUGGACCUCAGCCAACCUCUGGCCAACCCUGUGCAGGAGAAUGGGGAAACUGCACUCCACCUGGCUAUCCUGCUGGCUGAUAGGACCUCGCUUCACAUUGUGGACUUUCUUGUUCACAACUGCAACAAUCUGGAUGUCCAGACUGCCAGGGGAAACAGUGCGUUGCAUUACUGUUGUCUGCACAACAGAACAGAGUGUCUUAAAUUGCUUCUCCGAGCCAAGGCCAACAUACAUAACAAGAAUGAGGUGGGCGAGACUGGGCUGGAUAUUGCUAGCAGAUUAAAGAACACGCACUGUGAGGAGCUGAUCAACCAGUCCCAGAGUAACCAGUUCAACAUGCACGUGGAAUACGAGUGGCAACUGCGUCAGGAUGAUCUGUACGAGAGUGAUGAUGACCUGGAUGACAAGACAGGUCCAGUACAGAAGGGCCGCUCUUCUCGGCCCUUCAAUCUGUACCAGACCCACACCAGCUCCUCCACCCUGGACCGAGGAGGAGGUCGACUCUUCAGUGUGGGUCGCAGGCUAGCACUGGCCCACAAUCAGAAGCGGGAGGUGUACGCCAGUCCAUGCUCUCACACGCGCAGCUUGGACAGCCCCCCGCCCGCUCCACUCUCCUCACCUGCCCCGUCUCUCCCUUCUAGAGUCAAAGGGUGGGUGUGA